CGCUUUGAAAAAAAAGGCGCAUAAACAAUCGACUCGCUGCCACGGAUAGGCGUUUCUCUUGGUUUCCUUUCUCGUACCGAAUUAAACGCGAUUCCAAGAAUAUUUUAGCAUUUCCUUGUUAUUAAUUUGGUGAAAGGCAUUUUCGCUGAAGAGGUUUUUAUUUCCACCCAGGUACAUCUACAACAAUGAAGUACGCAGUGGCAGCCCUGAGUCUGCUGGCGGCAGUCAGCGCCGUCUCCUUCUUCGACCUCGUGAAGGAAGAAUGGAACGCCUUUAAGAUGGAGCACAGUAAGAAGUACGACAGCGAGAUCGAGGACAAGUUCCGCAUGAAGAUCUACGCGGAGAACAAGCACAAGAUCGCGCGCCACAACCAGCGCUUCGAGCAGGGCCUGGUGUCCUUCAGGCUGCAGCAGAACAAGUACGGCGACAUGCUGCACCACGAGUUCGUGCACGUCAUGAACGGCUUCAACAAGACCGCCAAACACAACAAGAACCUGUACUCCAAGGGGCAGGACAUCAAGGGCGCCACGUUCAUCGCGCCCGCGCACGUGACCGUGCCCGAGUACGUGGACUGGCGCAAGCACGGCGCCGUCACCGAGAUCAAGGACCAGGGCAAGUGCGGCUCCUGCUGGUCCUUCAGUACGACCGGCGCUCUGGAAGGGCAGCACUACCGCAAGAGCGGCGUGCUGGUGUCGCUGUCGGAGCAGAACCUGGUGGACUGCUCGCAGUCGUACGGCAACAACGGCUGCAACGGCGGCCUCAUGGACAACGCCUUCAAGUACAUCCGCGACAACCACGGCAUCGACACCGAGAAGAGCUACCCCUACGAGGCCAUCGAUGACCAGUGCCGGUACAACCCCAAGAACUCGGGCGCGGACGACGUGGGCUUCGUGGACAUCCCUUCGGGCGACGAGCAGAAGCUGAUGCAGGCCGUGGCCACCGUGGGGCCCGUGUCGGUGGCCAUCGACGCGUCGCAGGAGUCCUUCCAGUUCUACAGCAAGGGCGUCUACUACGACGAGAACUGCUCGCCCAGCAACCUCGACCACGGGGUGCUGGUGGUGGGCUACGGGUCGGACGAGCAGGCGGGCGACUACUGGAUCGUGAAGAACUCGUGGGGCCGCUCGUGGGGCGAGCUGGGCUACAUCCGCAUGGCGCGCAACCGCGACAAUCACUGCGGCAUCGCCACCGCCGCCUCCUACCCGCUCGUGUGAGACGCCUUCGGAGCCCUCGAGUCCCUUCACACCGGCAACGGUCAUCCGCUAUUUAAAAACCUAGCGGUGAUUUAACUUUUUUCAACUCAAAAUUUUAACCUGAAAGUCGUACUGAUUUUUCCGGGCGACUUGUUUAUGAUCGACGUUUCCGAACGAUCGCACCUUUGUCGCACGAAACGUUCCUUUCGCCGUGUUCUAUGAAUGCGCAGACUGAACUGACAUCUUAGAUAGCGACGCGAACGGUUUAUGCAAUCAACCGAAGACUAAUAAGUUGCGAUUAUACUGUAUGUUUCAAAGGUGCGACGUGUAGCGGAAACCGUUUGAUGUAGUGAUUGUAGUCUCGCAAUGUUUUGGAACUGAAAGCUUUAAAUCCAACGUUUAUUAUUAUCGAUGUACUGAGUAAGCUACUUGAUAUUGUCGUUCAUUAAUCGUUGAAUUGUAGUAAAUUUGUGUUCUGUCCACAUUCCGUCACUAUAUCAAACUCAUGCUAUGAAAGACUUAUGAUUUAUUAAUGUAUUUUACACCGAAAGUCGUGUGAUAGUAGCAUAAACAAUAUUAUAAGUGUAAUUU